GUAGGGUGUUGUUUUCAGCUUUUCUCUCAAUUGUCCGCUUCAGGCCGGCCGUCUGACGCGAGGCGGUGGAGCGAGCAUGUUUUUUAUUCUGAGGAGAGGGAGAGAAAGCAGCUGAAGUUACGGUCGGGCUGAGCGAAGGACGUUUCUUAAUUGAUCAGAGUCGUGCAUUCAAAUGGAAGAAGAUUACAUUGUCAGAAUUCGUGGGCUUCCAUGGUCCUGCACUGCAGAUGAAGUGUUGCGAUUCUUUUCAGAUUGCAAAAUAUUAAAUGGAACUGCUGGGAUUCAUUUCACUUAUUUGAGAGAAGGCCGUCCAAGUGGAGAAGCUUACAUUCAGCUAGAAUCUAAGGAUGAUAUAAAAUGUGCCCUUGCAAAAGAUCGAGAAAGCAUGGGGCAUAGAUACAUUGAAGUCUUUGAGACUAAAGCCACCGAAAUGGACUGGGUGCUAAAGCACGUUAACCCAAGUCAGACAGAAUCAACAAGUGAUGGAACUGUACGCCUUAGAGGCUUACCAUUUGGAUGCAGCAAAGAGGAAAUUUUACAGUUUUUUACGGGGUUGGAAAUCGUGCCAAAUGGGAUAACAUUGCCGGUGGACUACCAGGGGAGAAGCACGGGGGAAGCCUUCGUGCAGUUUGCAUCAAAGGAGAUAGCUGAAAAAGCACUGGGGAAACACAAGGAAAGAAUAGGGCACAGGUAUAUUGAAAUCUUCAGAAGCAGUAGAGGGGAGAUUCGAACUUAUCAGGAUCCUCCAAGAAGGUUUAUGGGACAACGUCCAGGGCCCUAUGACCGACCAAUGGGUGGAAGAAGUGGCUAUGGUGGUCCAGGUCCGAUGAGAGGAGACAUGUAUGACCGUACACGGCGGGGCUCUGUAUAUGGUGGUGGUUAUGGCAAUUUUGAGGACUAUGGUUAUAAUGAUGGUUAUGCUUAUGGCUAUGGUUAUGGACGUGAUGGAUUUGGACACAAUAUGAGAGGAGUUGGAAUGAUGGAUAGAGGGAUGGGUAACCGUGGUUAUGGUGGAGCAGGAGAUGCCAGCCCACUUUAUCAGAAUGGUGCAGGUCAUUAUGUACACAUGAGAGGAUUACCAUUUAGAGCUACAGAAAGUGAUGUUGCUGAUUUCUUUUCACCACUGAUUCCUGUAAAGAUCAACUUUGAAUAUGGCUCAGAUGGGCGCCUGACUGGAGAAGCUGAUGUUGAGUUUGCUACUCAUGAAGAUGCUGUUGCAGCCAUGUCUAAAGACAAAGCACAUAUGCAGCAUCGAUAUAUUGAGCUUUUCCUCGACUCCACUGCCAAUAUGGGAAGUGGCUUUGGUGGCUAUGGAGCACAUAGAAUGGGUGAUAUGGGUAUGGAUCAAUAUGGAGGUAAUCAAGGAGGCUAUGGGCAUAAUGAUCAGGGUAUGGGAAAUAGCUAUGGCAACAUGGGAAAUAAUUAUGCGGGCUAUGGAAAUUCUGCAAAUGCACGUGGAUAUGGCUAUGGUGCUGUGGCAGGAGGAUAUUCCAACAAUCAGACCAUGGGAAUGGGUAACGUGGACGCAAACAUGACUGGAUGGAGAAUGUGAACUGUUAGUGGUUGGGCUAUGAAUCAGAAGCUUCAAGAACCCUAGGACUGCCACAUAAUGAAUGACCAAUGCAGCAGCACUGUUUUCUUCCAAGCAGUAAUAUUUUUACUAAUAGAGCUACUUUGCAGUUCUUUUUAUUUUUUUUUACAGGUUUUGGUGUAAAAAAUCUUGAAAUAUUGCCCAAUAUUGGGUAACAUAAUUUGAAGCAUCGGGAUUUGACCUGAUAGUGAAAGGGAGAAAUUUUUGAAAUUUUGACUUGAGUAAAUGUGGCAAAUCAAAGUAAACAUCUAAUGCAAAGCUUCUUUUGAACUUGCUUUGUUACUUUAAAUCCAACUUGGAUCAUUUAAAAAUUCAAAUGGAGCAAGUUGUGUGAUUGUAUACAAUCUUACACUUUGGAUACUAUUUGAUAUGUGGUGAGGUUCAUGGUCUUUUUACAUGCAGACAACCAGAAGCUCAACCACUGUAAUGUUUAAUCUGCUCAGUGUUGUUAUGCUGCAAUAAUGAGCAUUUAGUAAACAUGACUUUGGAAGUUUAUUUUUUACCGUAUUGGCCGGUAUUGUUCCAUGUUCUGUUUGUUUUUUUUUCUUGUCAUCCUGUUUAUUUUUUGUCUCCAUUAUCCUCUAGUCAUGCAGUCAUGGUACUCAGUUGGAUUGAAAUGGGGCAGCUCCUGGCCCAUUCCAUUGCAGGGCUUUCAUCCAGUUGUGACUUCCUUGAAUGCUCUAAUGUUCAAAUUGAGCAGGUGUUGAGAUAUGAGCUGUCACCCAUCCAGUUGUUUCAGUGGAUUCUUCAGUGUUUAGCAUUUGGAUUUCAGCAAAUGUUUUUACCAACAGUUGCUAUGUUAAUUUUUUAAUAUGUCUGGUUCACUUGGAAUUUUAACCUGAUUCAUUUUUUGAUUGUUAGCAAUGUAGUUUUAAAAAGAGAACUGUAUAUUUGUACCUUUCUACAAGAGGUGCUUUUUUGGGUUACUAUUGUUUGACAAAUAAAAUUCAUUGCCUUUGGCACUUCAAUGUGCAGUUUCUGAAAUGUGCACAUUUUGUCAAACAUCUGUGAAAGAUUACUUACUGUACAUUUCUAAUGGUAAAUAUAAUAAAGUGUAAUUUCAGAA